AUGGGGAAAGCGCGCCCCCUAGACGCCAUCCGCCGCCAGACAGCAGCACGUCAACGUCUCAGCGCAGUGGCCGACGUCGACUCAGCCUACAGCCGCCUUAGCCGCGCAAACCAAGAGUUCACUCACGCGCCCUCGUCCCAGCGUUGGGCCGAAGGUUAUCGCCGUGAUGACUCCCACCAUGGCGACUACUACGAAGACGGCGAGGAGGAAGUGCACGAAGAGCGGCAGAGCAACGUCGCGGCGCCCAAACCUGCGAGAAAGAAGACGACGAUCGGCACUUUCAGCGUGAGAAAGACACAACCCAAGCCAAAAACAAAGUCCAAGCCCAAGCAGAAACCCACCACCAAAGAAACAACCACACCCCCCGACCACCAAAACCAACACCACCCGCGCCCCCACCCAACCGAUUCCACCCCCCUCCACUGGCGCCCCGCCGGCGGCGAAAAGCCCUUCACCACAAACACAAACGGCAAAAGCAAAGAACCAACCCUCACUCCCGUGCUCGGUCUCGCGCGCGUCCCAACCUGGCGUCUAGGUCCCUUCGUCGAAGCGGCGAAGCAACUCAUCCGCCAGCACGGGGUGAUUGAAGACAUGGCAGCGGAGGAGCUGGUGCAGGGCGGGGAGAGCGUGACGGAUGUGUAUGUGCGGUUUGCGGACGAGGGGGUUGCGGAGAGGGUGAAGGCGGGUGUGGAUGGGAGUGUGGUGCUUGGGAGGGUGUUGGGGGUUGCUUAUGUUUGA